UUGUAUGAUUACCUAUGUCAGAAUAUUGUCGGAUCAGAAGAUUAUAUCAAACUGAUCAGAUUGUCGAACGCAACCAGGGACCACACACAUAGCAAUAAAUAUUAUACACACAUCACUAGUGGUAGUUUCGGUGAAGGACUUGAGCUGAAAGGGAGUGACAUAGAUAUAAUGUAUGCAUAUUCAUGUAUAGAAAUUAUUGAACAAACGAAACUGCAUCAUUAUAAUUCUGAUAAAGCAUACUUUUUAUUAGACACACACGAUGUUAAGUCUGGCUUUGCAUAUUUACGUCUAAUUAAGGGAAUUGUGGACGAAAAUAUUUUGAUGUGUCGACAUGUUGAAGGACAAUUAUAUCUUUCAAGUGUAUUGUUUAGGCAUCAACAUGCUGGUGGAUUAUUUUCAGUUAUUCAUGGACCGUGCAUAUCCGAUGAUAAAGAAGAAUAUGAUUUGGCAUUUUGCUUACAUUCGAAAUCAUGGAUAAAUAUAGCUUCAGAAUGGCUUACUAGAUCAAACAAGUCAUGGCCCACACAAGAGUUAAAACAAAGAAUUAAAGAUCAUGGUGUCCUAUUUGUACCCAUAGGCGCAGGGAGACAUCUAAACAAUGAUUUGAUAUGGCGUAUAUCAUUCUCUGUAGGUGAAAAAUAUCUGAUUCAUACAUUUACUCAUACACAAUUGCUUUGUUAUGCUUUAAUGAAAAUUCUCCUGAAAGAUGUUAUUAGUAAGACCCAAGGAUGUGAAGAUUUACUCUGUUCUUACUUCAUUAAGACUAUCUUAUUCUGGUUAUCUGAAGAAUUGCCAAGAUCGGCGUGGAUAUCAGAAAAUUUAAUACCUUGCUUUAUGAGAUGUUUCAAGAGACUUAUCUAUUGUGUGGAGUACUCGAUUUGUCCACAUUAUUUUAUUCCACAAAAUAAUCUUUUUGAAAAUAAGAUUUUUGGACACGACAGGACAAAACUGUUAGGUUCAUUAAAUGCAUUAAUGAAAUACGAAUGGCGAUCUAUCUUUUUUUCAUCACAAAUGUCCAUGUUAGUGUCACAUUUCAAUUAUAGGGAAAUUAGUUUGUUUGAAAGUAAUUUCGAGAAAAUUAUGAAAUCAAUAGUAAUGGACCUUUUAAACACUAGAGACUCGAACGUUUAUGUACAAACCGUAUACCUGGCGGUUUCAAGUCAGUCAAGAAAAUUAAGAUCUAUUUUAUCAUACAAUAUAACUCAAAUUACUUCGUAUAUUGCAGACACAAUUAAUCUAUCCAGGUCAUAUGGUAACAAGUACCAAUAUAAACAAUUCAAACAGUGUCUCAGUUAUCUUCUACAGAGUAUCACCCAUGAUGCUGUAUCAGGUUGGUUGAUGGUUGCGUCAUUAUUCUACAAAAAGAAGAAAUAUAAUAGUGCUCUUACUGUUUUGUCAUAUGCCCUGGGAAAAUGCACAAGAGAAAAAGUGUUUAAAGUUGCAUAUGUUUCUGCCGAGAGACGUAAACUUUUACGUUCGAUAACAUUCAGAAAUUUGGGAAUAUUUCGCGCGUUUAGAAUUCUAUAUUUAAAUAGCAUACUGUUUAACGAGAAAUCUAGCCUUAUUCCAGAUGAACUACAGAUUGAUGUUGAUGUUCGUGGUAAUUUAUUGCCCUCAGUAGCAUAUGCCCAUUUUCUAUCAUUCCUUUGUCAUUAUCAUCUCAACAAUACCAAACAUUAUCAGGAAUCUCUAGGAAGUCUUCAGUUAACAAUAGAGGAAGAGUAUUUCAUUCCGGGUGUUGGUUUUAAAUCAUUGUCUUACAAUUGUCUAGGUGUAGCUUUAUUGAUUGUAGGAGAUGACGAAUCUGCUAGACAAAUGUUCACGCGCUCAAUAAAACUAUUUCCUGAACCUUUCUUUAAUCCAUCAUAUAAAAGACUGUCAAUGAUGGAUGCAAUUUGAAAUAUAAAUGUUUCGAUCAGCAUUUAAAUUGAAUAAGUAUUUUGUAGCGUUAUAUGUAUAUAUAUAUGUUUAUGAAUUACAUGUGUUAAUUAAAAAAAAGCCAUCACAAUAGUGCAAAAACAUACACUGAUUUCAACUUUAACAAGCGCAUGUUUGU